UUAAUACUCUUUUUUGGAUGAGUAAAUUUAUGCACCUUUUGCAUAAACUGAGCUCUCCCCCAAGGUAGAAAUUUAAUCACAGUCCCUCUUUUAGUUCCCCCUUUUUCCAUACACUUUUCAAAUGUUGACUUGUUUACGACAAUCCACAUUUCGACAGCCUCAGCAGUUACUUAAAAGGUUCUUCUCCAAUAAGCAAAGUUUUGACAGUCUCGUGAUUGGCGCAUAUACAGAGCCCUGUCAAUUGACCACACCACAUGCGUCGAGUGCGACUCGUCAAUUUCUGGAAGAGCAACUCAAAUUGACUCGAUUCAAAAAGAAACACGACGUACGAAUAUUCUAUAAUCUGGGAGGUGUCUCUCAAGUUGCUGUCGUAUCGCUAGGAAAGAAAGAAGAAGCGGGAACGGAAACAGUUCGAAUGGCUACUGCGAUAGGUAUUCAAACACUACAGAAGCAAGGUGUCAAGCACAUAGGUAUCGAUGUCUCGGUGGAUGCUCAGGCAGCAGCCGAGGGCGCGGUUCUCUCUCAAUUUAGAUUUGAUAAACUGAAGCAGGAAAAAAAGCAAGAAGAGAUGGUGAUUGAACCUUAUUUGCCUGAUUCACAGGUAUCCAAGCAAUGGGAGCAGGGUCGUGUGUAUGGAGUCUCACAAAAUAUUGCAAGAAUGCUCAUGACUUCACCUUCAAAUCUGAUGACACCAAAAUUAUUUGCUGAAGAAGUUGCCUAUUUGUUGGCCGGAUUGGAAAAUAUUGAUAUCAACGUUUAUGAUGAAGAUUGGGCAAGUCGUCACAGUAUGAAUGCUCUGUUAUCUGUAGCAAAAGGAAGUGUCGAGCCCUUGAGAUUUCUAGAAAUUUGCUACAAGGGAGCCAAGGACAAGAGCGAGAAGCCCUAUGCAUUAGUCGGAAAGGGCAUCACGUUUGAUUCGGGUGGCAUAUCGCUCAAGCCAUCAGCCAACAUGGCCCUCAUGAAGGGCGACAUGGGUGGCGCAGCGACAGUGGCAGGAGCGCUUUAUGGAAUUUCCGAGAUGCGACUGCCUGUCAACGUUGUUGCUGCCAUCCCCUUAUGCGAAAAUAUGCCUUCAGGUAAUGCGACCAAACCCGGUGAUGUAAUUAAAGCCAUGAAUGGCAAAUCAAUUGAGAUCCUCAACACGGAUGCAGAAGGAAGACUGAUCCUGGCUGAUGCUCUUCAUUAUAUCUCAUCCAAGUAUCAACCCAAGUACAUCAUUGACCUUGCUACUCUGACCGGAGCCAUGGAUGUUGCCUUGGGUCAAGCCUAUACUGGUGUAUUUACCAAUUCAGAUGAGUUGUGGAAAAAGCUAAAGGAAGCAGGUGAUACCGUGUCUGAUCCGUUCUGGCGUAUGCCCCUUCAUGACGACUAUAUUCGUGAUAUGAAAGAAUCCAUAGUAGCAGAUCUAAGCAACGUCGGCCAUACUCGUUCUGGUGGGUCAUGUGCUGCAGCAAGAUUCUUGCAAGAGUUUGUUGACAAAGAUACUCCUUGGGCUCAUAUAGACAUAGCAGGCGUCAUGGAGUCAUCAGCCACACGGGGAUACAAUAUUAAGGGGAUGAGCGGGCGACCCACAAGAGCAUUAAUAGAACUAACGAAAAGGUCAAUAGAAUGUUAAAAUGCGGACUAGGUGAUCAGUUGCAUACAACAAAUCAAAAAGAGUUUAAUAAAUCCAAUGCGAGGAAAAAGACAAGUGCUUAUUGGUUUGACCGUACGUCAUUUUACUGCAAACAUUUUAAGAAGUCUUUGGUCUGAUUUCUACAUAAACUGUAAACAGCUCACGAGGUGUUCGCGUACACGUAGUCUUUAUAGUCAUUAAAAGGAAAGGGUAUCAUGGGUGAUAAAGUUAAGGAUAACAAAAAGAUAAAGAAUGAAAAGGGGGGGGAUUAAUAAAGGGUCUCUUUUAUAUAGAAGUUUUUUUAUUUUCAAAGGGGG